CCCCCCAGAGCCGCGGGCGGAUGGAGCCGAGCUACGUUGUGGGUAUCUGCUGCCUGGUGCUGCUGGAGCCGGCCCGGGUGUGGAGCGGCGAGCCCAGCACCGGGGGUCCCGGGGAGAGCGGGAACAGCAGCCAGGCACCGCCGCCGGAGACCACGGCUCCCGCGCCCACCGGAGCGGCACCACCGGGGGGGGACCGCUGCCGCGGGUACUACGACGUGAUGGGGCAGUGGGACCCGCCGUUCAACUGCAACGCCGGCAUCUACCAGUACUGCUGCGGGACCUGCGGGUACCGCUUCUGCUGCCAGUUCAAGCCCGGGCGGCUGGACCAGAGCGGCUGCUCCAACUACGACACCCCCAACUGGGUCAACACGGGCCAGCCGCCUGCCCGGGUGGACGAGACCCCCGAAGACCCCACUCGUGACAAGACCAACAUGAUCGUCUACAUCAUCUGCGGUGUGGUGGCCAUCAUGGUGCUGGUGGGCAUCUUCACCAAGCUGGGCCUGGAGAAGGCACAGGGUCCCCAGACAGAAAUGACCGUCUCCAGGACGCUGACAGAUCUGCUGAAGCAGCCAGGCCACAGCCCCUCUGAGAACAUGGACAGCCUCAUGGGGAGUGUGCAGGUCCCUCUGGGCGAGGGGCUGGCCCGGGGGCCCCCCAGAAACAGCACAGACAAGCCACCCUUGAACAACGCGGUGGCCAUUGCCCCCUCAGUGGGGCGGCCCCACAGCCACGGCAAGCGCCUGCCGCUGGCCAGCAGCCUGGCCCUGUCAGCCCCGGACUACACUUCCUACACCACCCUCAAGGUUGGAGAGAGCUCCACCGAGGACUUCUACAGGCGGUUCGGGGGGCUGGAGCCACCCCUCGCCAGCACACUGCCCUUCCCGGCCGAGAGCCCAGGGCUGGCCGAGGGCUGCCCGCUGCCCAAGGCCAAGGGCCCCAAGGUGCCGGGGGGUCCGGCCUUCCCCGGGGGCUGGGAGGGGGGCCCCCACCGCGGCCCCCGCCGGCCGGGCCUGCCCGCCCUGCGCUCUGAGGGGCCGCCCGAGGCCUUCGGCCCCUCCGCCUCGCUGUACGGGCAGCACUCCCGGCACCUCGCCACCAACAGCAAGACCGAGGUCACCGUGUGACGGCCAGCGCCUCGGGGACUGGGGCUGCCCCCUCGGGCGGAGAGCCCACGGAGGAGAGCAGCACAGGACUCACAC